GAAAAUCUUUUCACAAAUACUAUAAUCAUAAGCAUCCUUAACCAUGUCUUCAUUUAAGGCCUAUGGUAAAGUCGAUGAAUCCGAGCAUGUCCUAUUCGAAGUUCGAAGGAAAUCUCGAAAGCGGAUAACAAUCAUAAGUUUGUCAACAAUUCUCCUUGUCGGUAUUGUAUUUGCAGCGGUUUUUGGAACCAUUGCUCACAACAAUGCUCAUAAUGACGGCAACAAUGACGACAACAAUGAUCAAUCUCUUUCGAGUUCCGUGAAGGCUAUUUGUGAUGUUACAUUGUACAAGGAUUCAUGUGAAAGCAGCCUUAGUCCUCUUGUUCAUUCGGGUCAAAUUCGACCCGAGGAGUUGUUCAAGUUGUCAAUUCAAGUUGCAUUAAAUGCGGUUUCGGAAGGUGUUCAAUAUUUCUCUGAGCAUGGAACUUUUGAUGAGUUGAAUUUGAAUGUUGAUAAUAGAACAAAGGAAGCAUUGAUGAAUUGUAAGGAUCUUUUGGACCUUGCUAUUGAUCAUUUGAAUAACUCUUUGUCUUAUGGGGGGAAGUCUUCUUUGCUUGAUGUUUUGGAGGACCUUGAAACUUGGUUAAGUGCUUCAGGUACUUACCAACAAACAUGCAUUGAUGGUUUAGAAGAGGCAGAAGAAUUAUUAAAGUCCAGCAUUACAACCAAUCUCAAAAACUCUACAGAAUUAACAAGCAAUAGUCUUGCAAUCAUCACAUGGCUUAACAAGGCUGCAAAUUCAGUAAACUUUCGACGCUUACUAAGUUUGUCUCAUCAAAAUGAAGAACAACCAAAUUGGCUUCAUCAUAAAGACAGAAAAUUACUUCAAAAAGACACUGAUUUAAAGAAGAAAGCCGACAUUGUUGUAGCGAAAGACGGGAGUGGAAAAUACAAAACAAUUUCAGCUGCAUUGAAACAUGUCCCUGAUAAAAGUGACAAGAGGACUGUGAUUUAUGUGAAAAAAGGAACUUAUUAUGAAAAUGUUAGGGUGGAAAAGACUAAAUGGAAUGUCAUGAUUAUUGGUGAUGGUAUGAAUGUUACUAGUGUUUCUGGAAGUUUAAAUUUUGUGGAUGGCACACCAACCUUUUCAACAGCAACAUUUGCUGUAUUUGGGAAGAAUUUCAUUGCUAGGGACAUAGGCUUUAAGAACACAGCUGGUCCACAAAAGCACCAAGCAGUAGCACUAAUGACAAGUGCAGAUCAAGCAGUUUACUACAAAUGUUCCAUAGAUGCAUAUCAAGACACACUCUACGCUCACUCGAAUCGUCAAUUCUACCGCGAAUGCAACAUCUAUGGAACAGUCGAUUUCAUUUUUGGCAACUCAGCAACCGUCAUACAAAACUGCAAUAUUUUACCAAAACAACCUAUGCAAGGACAACAGAACACAAUAACAGCACAAGGCAAAACUGAUCCUAACAUGAACACAGGAAUUUCAAUUCAAAAUUGCAAUGUUUCGCCAUUCGGAAACUUAAGUUCUGUUAAAACAUAUUUAGGAAGACCUUGGAAGAAUUACUCGACAACGGUGUUUAUGCAAUCUACAUUGGGAGAUUUUAUUAGUCCAAAUGGUUGGUUACCUUGGGUUGGAGAUUCUGCACCAGAUACUAUAUUCUAUGCUGAAUUUCAAAAUGUUGGAAAAGGUUCUUCAACAAAGAAUAGGGUGAAGUGGAAAGGUUUGAAAAAUAUUACAAGUAAAGAAGCUAAGAAAUUUACAGUUAAGGCUUUUCUUUCUGGUGAUAGAUGGAUUCCUACUUCUGGUGCUACAUUUAAAUCAUCUCUUUAAUAACUUUGAUAUAUAUAUAUAUAUAUAUAUAUAU